AUGGAUGGUAUGCACUGUGCCAUGGGUGGGGGCCUCUGGCAAUAUGGAAUGCGGCAUGGUCAGCAUGUGGGUGUGGAUGGUCAGAGUGGCUUGGGAGGCCAUGGCUGUAAGAUGACAGUGGUCGGUUGUGGUUGCAGCAGCAAAACUGAUCGGGUGGGUGCUGAUGCUGCUGGUGCUGCUGCUGCUGCUGCUGCUGCUGGUGGUGGUGCUGGUGCUGCUGCUGGUGAUGAUGCUGGUUUUGCUGCUGAUGCCGAUACUGAUACUGAUGCAGAUGGCGCUGCUGCUUUAUAUUUGCAUCAUCACUCUCAUGCUCCAUCCCAUGCUCACUCCCAUGCCUGUGCGCAUGCCCAUGCGCAUGCGCCUGCACCUGCCACUGCCAGUGCUCUUGCUCACACCACGCCUGGUCCAAUCCAGCACAGUCAUCACAGCGGCAGCAAGAACCACCCUCUCUCCCUCCCUUUUCUCUCUCCUCAUCCUCCGCAUCCUCCCCUCCCUUCCCUCCCUUCGCUCCCUUAA